UUUCACAUCAUAUAAACCCCAUGUAUAUUCAUUCAUUUAUGUCCUCAACAACACAAAAACAUUAUCUAUUCUCAUGGCACCAAGGAUCAAUGAUGCCACACACAACAGAUCAGCAAUGAACAGAGGUUCAUGGACCCCAGAAGAAGACACAAAGCUUGCCCAGUGCAUUGAAAUUCAUGGUGCAAAGAGGUGGAAGACUAUUGCAGUUAAAUCAGGUUUGAAUAGAUGUGGGAAGAGUUGCAGGCUGAGAUGGUUAAACUAUCUGAGACCUAAUAUCAAGAGGGGAAACAUAUCACAUGAAGAAGAAGAUUUGAUUCUUAGGCUUCACAGACUCUUGGGAAACAGGUGGUCUUUGAUAGCCGGUAGGCUUCCGGGACGAACAGACAAUGAAAUAAAGAAUUAUUGGAAUUCUCAUUUGUGCAAAAAGGUGAAUCAGAGAGAGGAGAGACCAGAAUCUUCAACAACACACGAAAUUGUUUUGCAGAAUGAGAAUGGUGGGGACAAAGUUGCAGUGUCAGAGAAGGAGGUUGGAAGCAACGAAAGUGGUAACUUAGAUGUCACUUUCGACAUUGACGAGUUUUUCAACUUCUCUGAGGAAUCGUGUGGGUUAGAUUGGCUGAACAAGUACUUGGAACUUGACCACAUUCCUCAUACCACCACACACUCUUAAUUACCACACCUUUUUGUUUACACCAUUUCCAGCUAACAACUCCAUUUUAUUUUUUUAAUACUUCUUUAAUAAUAUUUACACUUUCUA